CAGAGAUAAAACAAUAAUAAUUACAAAUUUACAAUUAUAAAUUAUAAUAACCUAUCAUUAUAGUUAAAAUUACAAGUAACAUAUUAAGUAGGUAGCACAGUUAUUAUAGUGUACUUGGUAUUGUUUAUGAUUCUGCAUUCUGUGUUGAUAAUGCCGUUAUCAGCGGAAUUCCGAACGUUCGAUCAUUCGAGGUGUGUCUUCCGUCGAAAACUAUACAGCUGCUGCCGUGCGACGAGAAUUCGACGAUUUCACCGGACCACAACCCGUGCAAGUUAAGGAUUGAAAAGCGCGCGCCACAUUAUCUGUUUAUCACCGACAGGUGACGAGAUCUGAUAUCGUUACACAUUGUUGUACCUACACGACAUUACAACACGCCCGUAAGAUAUUUUGGGAUUUGUGAGUCGGGACACAUCGGUCAUCAGUCGUGUGCUUUAUCAUAUUUUCACCUACAAACGAUGACGGAGACGUUCAGGUUGACCGACUACGAUUGCAUCGGUUUCGACCUAGACAACACGAUAUGCGAAUACCGCAUAGGGCCCAUGGUCCAGAUGAUUUAUGACGUACUAAUCGAUUACCUCAUAAAAAAUUGCAAUUACUCGGACAAGCAUCUGCGGCAGCCGAUAGAUUUCGAUUUCUUUCAGCGGGGUCUGUUGUUAGACGCUGAAAAGGGUAACGUCUUAAAAAUCAACGGUAACGGUCAAAUACUGAGAGCAACCCAUGGCACCAAGUUCAUGUCCGACGAGGAAAUCGUGUCGGUGUAUGGACCGGAAAGGACGUGGGCGGUGACUGAUGUGUUUGUACAAAAUUUUCUCGAAACGUGGAACGGACCCAUGUCCGAAAAGAUCCGUCCUCUUCUUGAUUUUUUUGAUAUCCCCGUGUCUCUUGUAUUCGGACGUUGUGUAGACGGUAUUGAUAACUUAUCUCGCCCUGAAACCUAUAGCGUCUGGCCCGACGUGUUAAAAGGUUUGAUCUACAUGUACUCUAGGGAGAACUUUUCAGCAAAUACUGGCGAUUAUUUUCCAUACUUGAAAUCUACUCCUUCAUUAUACUAUAAUAAAUGUCCAGACUAUGUGCUCAACUGGCUCAAAGAAUUAAAACAAACUAAAAAAGUUUUCCUGAUUUCUGGAUCACAUGUUGACUAUGCUAAUUUUACAGCUACACAGUCAUUAGGUGAAAACUGGAAAGAACUAUUUGACGUCGCUGUUUUUUAUUCAAGAAAACCUGGAUUUUUCACUUUGAAUAGACCAUUUUAUAGUACCGAUUCUCAAAUGUUAAACGAAUGUGAUAUUGUUGACAACAUACAAUUUAACAAUAUUUAUAGUCAAGGUAAUUGGAAUCAGUUACAUGAUUUAUUUAAAAAAGAAACUGGGAAGUCUAACCCAAAGUGUUUGUAUAUUGGUGAUAAUAUAUUGCAAGAUGUCGUAGCUCCUGCCAAGUUCUCUGGUAUAGAUACUAUAGCUGUUGUUGAGGAAAUGAAAUUAGAUUCAAAUGAUAAUGAUAUUAAUCCCGACAAUAACAUGUUAAGAACAAACAAAUGGAGUUCAUAUUUUGUCGAUGAUGAAAAAAGAGACACUUCCAUUUGGACUUCGUUCAUUGCGAAUCACGGAAAACUUUGUAUUCCAUCCAUUAAGCAUCUGGCAAAAAAGCCCAUAAAUUUUGAAUUUAUGCCAUUUACCAAAAAUAAAGUUUCUAUUAAUGGUAAUGGUUUUUUCCCAUUUAUACCCAAUAGCUUAUAUAAAAUUUUAAAAUAAUAAUGUAAUGACAUAAAUAAAUCUUUGAUUUACAAUGAUUUUAAA